CCACACUACCCCAUAUAUAGAGCGACUUCCUCAAAGUUUGUCCACUAUUCAUUUACAAGGCCCCCACCACCUGUGGAAUCACGACAACCAGGUGCUGACGGUGUGUUCGGUCUUGUGCACAUUGCAGGAGACGCACAGAGUAACGGAAUAACACGAAACGACGGCGAUGGAGGCAAAAGAAAUUACGAAGGAGACAAAGGAAGAAAAAAGAUUGAAAUUCCUGAAAGAAUACAAGAAUCUAUUCAUAGUGACGUACGGUGCUUUAUUUUGUCAAAUGACACACUAUGCAAUGCAAUCAAAACUCGAUAAGAAUGAGAUCUACACGUACCUUGAUGAGGCUCGGCACGCCAUUUUGUUUCUUGGACAAAUCAACAAACCCAUCGUCGAACCUGAAGAAAUGUCUUUUGGGAAAUUCCAGUCAGGGAACCCGGAUGCAUUCAGAACACACGUGCCAAGGACAACACCAUACUCGAUUCUGCUCGAGAUGGUCGUGCGUGCUGAAGGUCCUCACAACAGCGAUGCCAUUAAGAAGACUCUGGAGGUCUUUGCCGAAAGCAUUCUUAAACAAAAUAAGAAAAUGUAUUUUUAUGCUACAGUAGUGUCAAAAAGUGAUUUCAAUGACAUAGAUCAUAAAGGGAACCCUAAAAAAGCCACACCAGAGCCUUACUGGGGUGCCUCCUUGAGCUGUUCAGGAAGAAAGGUGUCGCAAAUAAUGCUGGCCCUUAACUGCCUGUUUAACUGGCAUGAAAAGAUAGCAGAAGCUGUCACAUUCGCCCAAAACAACACAGAGAAAGGAGGUAUUUUAGAAUUCCCUCGGAUAGUGACCUCCGAGGCCUAUAAGCACGAAGACUUCACUCUGAUAGCCCAUCCACCGUGUUCUAAAUGCGUGCAGGUCUUCGCGAGUUGCACAUUUAAACCUACAGUAGAGAUUCCGAAAAACGCAACAUGGGAGUUUGGCAAUUGUGCAGAAAAUGAAUCAAUCAGCAAGCUUUUAGAUGGUCAUCCGUACCUUAAAAAUUUUGUGAAAUACUGCGCUCAGGCCACCGGUGAACAAAUGCCUAAACUGAAGACUGAUCCAAUGCAAAUUUUGAAAGAACUGAAAUGGAGCGGUGAACUGAUCCAGUUUAUUUCUGCCAGAUGAGUAGUUACCCCAUUGGUACAAAUGUAGUGGUUUUAGUUCACACGGACAACUUCUUUUUCUCCUGCGUUACUUUUAUUCGAACAGAACUCCAUCGCUCCGCUCCCUCUCUCUGCUAGCCUCUCACUAUAUACUCUGCUAGCUUCUCACCUGCUAGCCUCUCACUAUACACUCUGCUAGCUUAUCCUCUGCUAGCCUCUCACUAUACACUCUGCUAGCUUCUCACCUGCUAGCCUCUCACUAUACACUCUGCUAGCUUCUCGACUGCUAGCCUCUCACUAUAUACUCUGCUAGCCUCUCACUAUAUACUCUGCUAGCUUCUCCACUGCUAGCCUCUCACUAUACAUUCUGCUAGCUUCUCCACUGCUAGCCUCUCACCAUGUACUCUGCUAGCUUCUCCACUGCUAGCUUCUCGCUAUACUCUCUGCUAGCUUCUCUACUGCUAGCCUCACUAUAUUCUGCUAGCUUCUCUCCCAUGCUAGUCUUUACACACUCACACUUAGGAUUCCGCUAGCCUCUCUACUACUAGCCUUCCUGCCCUCUCCAACCUCGCCCUUGCCUCCAGUGGGGGUUCAGCCAUCACCGCUGGAGAGGACGAGGCGUGGAGAGUGGGGCCUUGGACUUCUCUCAUGUUUGCUCUUCUCUUCGUUCCAACCAACUUCACUCCCUGCCUCACACGUUGCCGUUUUUAUCAUGCUCCUCAUUAAACGCCCUAAUUAAUCUGGCGUCCUCCCGUCGCCUCUUGCACUUCCGCUGCUAUCGCCUCAAUCUGCAGACUCCCAGGUGCCUACACCGUGUCUGCAUUUGCAGCCAGCCAAUCACCGCUAUGCAUUCUAAUUGGUUGUCUCUCUCUGGAUUGCUCUCACACAGCACCCAUUUGUCCUGGCGUGACUUCACUGUCCCCGGCUCACACGUGCAUGCACACUGAUUGCAAAACCCCACGCGCGUUACUCCACUGCACCAACUCCCUCAUAAGCAAUAAGAGAACAUGUUGACAAUUUUGUACCCAUACUAGCUGUACUACCCGGCUUCGCCCGGGACUUGUAUCUACCACGGCCGGCCGCCUUUGUCUCCCCAGUGGCGAUGUUAAUACGCUACAGUAGUUAAGUUACUCGUUUGAGGCAGAGUCGACCUAGGGGAGGUUCAAAUAAUCGUCACCGGUGGUGGCCGUGAGCGGGAAUCGAACUGGGUUUGCCGGGUUGGUAGCGCAGCGUAGCGUUAAGCACUACACCCACCGCUCCUCACACACCACACACGCACAGACACACACACAGACACACGCAGACACACACAGACAGAAACACACACACAGACAGCACGCUAACCACUACACUACCGCUCCCCACACACCACACACGCACACACACAGACACACACACAGACACACACACAGACACACACACACACACAGACACAGGCAGCACGCUAAGCACUACACUACCGUUCCCCCUACACAACACACGCGCGCGCGUCCAUAGGUACACAUACACGCGCUUGCUGCAGACACACACGACUUUCAGGGUGCAACGGCAGUAAACGACUGAAAUAAUAAAGCGGCAAUGCUGUGUAAGGAACGCCUUAGACCCGCAUUAUACAUUUGUGUAAUGCGAGCGUAAACACACAAACACACACAAACACAUACACAAUACACACACACAUACAUGCAGACACACAGACAGACACAUAACACACAUACAUACACACACAUACAAACACAGAAACACAUACACACACAUACAUAGACACACACAUACAUACACACAAACACAUCCACAGACGUACAUACACACAUACAUACAGGCACGCAGACAUACACAUAAACACAUACAAAAAAACCCACAUACAUACACACACACAUACAUACACACAAACACAUGCACACACAUACAUACACACAUGCAUACAGACACA